AUGUUUCCUUCGUCCGGUAUAUUUUCUUCCAUAGAGUGUCCUGUCCUAAAACAUGGGCUUUGCGAGCGGCCUCACUGUUUUUACAAACAUGCUACAGAACUACGGGAUACGUCUGGAACAUCGUACAAAGCAUCCGUAGUUGACGCAUCAGGAGUCCAAGAUGGUUAUCUGCAUACUAUCUGUGGAACAACUGUGGAUGGCGAGACAAGGGAUGAUUGCCUCCAGGAGUUGGAACGGAUCAACAAGGAGAUUGAAACUGUAAGACAUGAGGUAGAGCAGGAACAAAGACGGCUGUCUCAUUAUCAGACAGUACAGACAGGAAGCAAUGUUACUGCACAAAACACGUCUGCAUCAAAGUUUGUUACUGGAAGUAACCCUGUAGAUAAAGAAGCCUGCCAAUUGCCUAUAUGUACAGACUUGACUAAAUGUUCCUCCAAAGCAAGGAAGUACGUUGUUGACCACUCAAAACCAAGGACUGAUUUGGAGUAUGACCCUUUGUCCAACUUUUCUGCUGUCCUGCGGUCUUGCGGCUCAUCAAAUAGGAACAAAAAACACACUAAUAAAGAUCAAGGUUUAAAAAGGGCAAAAAAUCCUGUUCUCUGUAACUCAAAGAUGCAACAAGCGCAUCAGAUUCCGCUCUCCAAAUCACCAUAUUUAGAGCAAAUUGAAGACUCUAAUGAAGACGAUGUCCUAAUUAUUGACAUCCCUCCCUCACCGGAAAAAAAGAGAUGCAGAGUUCAAGAACUUGCUGAUUGUUUUGAUGCGUUCCAGAAUAUUGAAGAGGAGUUGGCUGUUUACAGAGAGUCUGUUUUAUUAGAUUCCUCUCUGCUGUCCACUUCAAGUGCUGAUGCGUGUAAAGUCACAUCUGCAUCAAGCAUCGUAAGAAACAAAGAUCUGUCUGAUUCUUCUGAGAACACAAAAUUACGUGUUGGAAGUGUAACUGAAUGCUUGGAAGACCCAGAAGCUGUACAUCAUAGAGUUGAUUUUCAGGAUACUGUUGCAGAAUUUAAGAAUAGUUGUGAACCUGUAAAUCUUUCUGCAGCCACAGAAGAUCUUUGGAAUAUUGUUGAAGUUAAAGACAACGCUAACUGUGAGCUGCCCCCAAGUGUUAAAAAAAUGGAUGCACUGCAAUCAUGUGCCUAUUCACAGACCAAUUCACUUUUUUGUAAUCCUCCACUUUUUAAUGCCGUCUCACCGUCCAGGCAGCACAUCAAGCAAACUGGAAUUCAGGAGCUCAUUCAAAAUGGAAUUGAUAAUCACUGUUCUCCCAAGAAAAUGAUGCCCUUGUUGGAACUGGAUAGUCAGAAACCAUUACGCAAAAUGCCAGGGCAUAUACAGGAUAAAUCGGACAGUAACCAAACUUCAGGCGCACAAUACAAAGAAACAGAACUCUCUGCAAGCUCAUUGAUGAAUAAGAUUACCAAGUCUGAACCCAGUCAGCAGCUUUUGGUUAAGGCGUGUAACAAGGCUGAGUCCAGCUCUGAGGCAGAUUUCAACUACUCUGAUGUGGAGCUGUCCGACAGUGACCCAAUGGAGGAAUGCUACAGGAUCUUCAUGGAGGCAAAUGAUGAGGGAAAUGUAAAGUCUGACGCUUCUGUUGAAGGUAUGGAUUUGAAUAAAUCGGAAAUUGAUGUCAAAACGCAGUCUCUUCCUGUAAAGAAGAGAGUGGCUCAUGAAGCCAAACAUGCAGAGACUGUGGUUAAGAGUAGACCUCAGCCCCAGGUUUUGAUACCCCUGCGUGUACCAGAAACGUCGGGAUUUACCUCAAAUACCUGCCAAAUCCAGCAAAGAGCCUCAAUGUUGACUGCAUCACUCAAAGGUAGUCAAACAUUUGUUUCCUCUACCUGUCAGAGGAAACCUGAAACCCAGAAUGCACGUUUUUCCUCCACCCAAGUCUCAGAAAACCAGCAGUCUGCUCACUUACAAAAUGCUUACAUGAACUACAUACCUCUAGGUACUACUGUGAUUAACAUGGGCAACAACCUGCAUUUGAUCCUCCCAGAGGGCGCUUUCCCCGUGCCUGUUGCUUCCACUUCCAGCCCAGUUACCCCAGUGCUUACUCCCAUUAGUCAAGUGCAUACAAGCACUCUUGCUGUGAAGCAAGCAUAUUUUCCACCUGCAGUUGCUACUGUGCAGAGAUUUCGCACGGCUGCACCUGUGCUUAUUCCUGUUCCAGCACGUGAGCCAGCUUUUGUUCCGGCACAGUCGAGUGCAUCGGUCUUAACUGCUCCUCAGCCUACUGCUGCUAAGCCAGUGGUGAAACGUAAACUGAAGCAGCAGUGUGACGCUGCCAAAGAGAAGGUGCCCCAUGAUGUCCGACAGCGUUAUGUCAACAUGUUCACAAAGGAGUUCAUAAAAACAACAGUUAAUGUGAAUGAUGCAUUUGAAAAGGCCCUUGCAGAAGAGAAGGCUGUUUACAACCGCAGCGUGAACAAACUUAAAUAUCUGAGUGUUGCAGUGAAUGCACUGAAGAAGCUGAAAAACCAGAGUGCCGUUGCUCCCAAAGAUAAAGCUCAAGUCAACAUACAAAACUGUAAAGGCAACAUACCAUUUAACCUGGAGACUUCUAAAGAUGCAGAUGAUGCUGCAUUUUAUGAGAGCUUGACAGAUUAUAUUUUGACUGAGGAAAAGCUGAUUGAAGGCAACUAUCCUGUCCAGCAUCCUGAGAAACCUGGUUGUGCAACCCUCUUUGCAGAGACCAAGAAAGGCACUACAGAUCCCCUGAAAAGAAUCUGCUGCCGCUGUGGAGCUACUUACUCUGUGAACCGAAUGGGGAAACACAUUCGCAAGGAGGAGUGCAACUAUCACUAUGGCAAAGGAGUUGAAAAUAGAGUGCCAGGUGGUGUAGAGACGCGCUACAGCUGCUGUCAGGGAGUCAUGGGAGCACCAGGCUGUCAGGUGUUUAAGCUUCAUGUCCAUGAUUCACUUAGUCUGGAUGGGUUUGUGUCAACUAUUCCCAGACAUCCCACCUGUCCUGGAGUCUACUCUUUGGAUUGUGAAAUGUGUUACACCGUUCACGGUCUGGAGCUGUCUAGAGUGACGGUGGUCAACUCUAAUUUGCAAGUAAUCUAUGACACCUUUGUCAGACCUGAUGAUGUAAUAGACUACAACACCAGAUUUUCAGGCAUCAGUGAGGAAGAUGUGAAGGGUAACCACACCCCCCUCAGAGAGGUACAACAGACCUUGCUGAGCUUCAUUAGCGCAGACACUAUUCUGAUUGGACACAGCCUGGAAACAGACCUCUGUGCCCUGAAGUUGCUACAUGGGAAGGUGGUGGACACAUCAGUUGUCUUCCCACACCGCUUGGGCCCCCCUCACAAGCUGACCCUCAACCACCUCACUGCUGAAUACCUCCGUAGAAUCAUUCAAGAGAGUGUUUGUGGCCACGACACUGCAGAAGAUGCUGCUGCCUGCAUGGAGCUUAUGUUAUGGAAGCACCUCCUCAGGCAGAAUGUGCAGGUCUUCACCAAGAGGACUAUGAGCAGCAGGACCACAGUGAGGAGGAACACCAGGACAUCCAGGCUGUGAUACUGGUACCAGGUGAGCUGAUGGGCCUGGACCCUCAAGUGUUUAGCCCCUUUGUUUCUUAGAGUAAACUCUAUCCAGAACACUGCCUCUUCCAGAGGAGUCAUUGGUCUGUCGUGGUGGAUGCUGGACAGACGCAUGGCAUUUUCCUUGUACCUGUGAAUGUGGAUAUUCAGUAGAGGGAAUUUUAAUGUUGAUCAUUUUUAAUUCAAAGUUGCUUUAAAACAAAAGGAGUGUUGAGUUGUGUAGCUCAUUCAGUCAUUGUGAAAUAUCACUGUAGAAGGAACCUUAAAUUGGCUGAGGUAGCAAAAAGUGAAAAGUGAAACAAGUAGAGUGUGUACUUCUAACACAUCCGGAGUGUGUGAACGGUAACUAGAGUCUCUUAUAAAUGUUUCAGAAUGCCUAAAAAAACUUGAACGUGCAGGGACCUUUAAAUAAAAGAACUGUUAAUAAAUUGUGUCCUAAUUCUAAAAUUCUUGUACAAUCUGGAGGUUUUAUUUAUCUACUGUAUGUAACUUUUCAACAUCAGUGGAAUUCAAAAGAUAACAGUUUUACAUGUCUAAAAUAAUUGAACUAGUCAAAAGAACUUACGAUUUGUCAUUGAUAACAGCUUUAAGUGCAUCUCUUAGAUCAUCAGACUUCAUGGCGUUGAAGUUCACAGUAACUGCAGCGCCCUUAGACUUUAUACGGUCCAGGUUCUCUGGCUGGUCACCAAACAUGGGGAUGCCCACCAUGGGAACACCGUGGUAGAUGGCCUCAUAAACCCCAUUCGUGCCACCGUGAGUAAUGAAGGCUCUGGUCUUAGGGUGACCUGAUAUAAAAGAUGAAUUAUUUUCCCU